AUGAUUCGUCCAAGUAGGACGCCAGUUGACUUCACUCACGCAAAGCCUCAAGCGAUUGUUUGCUUCCAUAAAAAAGACGUGUAUGCCAAGUACCGAGCUCAACUUCGGCGUAGAAUCGAGCUCGGCGACCUCCGGCUCAGGGUGGACAUCGAACGCCAUUGUCUUCGGUACCAUCGUGCCGCCCGUCUUGCCGGUGAGGACAUGGACGGCGAGACUGGCCGACGCCAGUUCGUGCCCACCUGGGACUCGGACAAUCCGGUCCUGGUCGACGAGCCCUGGCGCCGUCCGGGCCGACGGGAGGCGGAGACGAAAACGCGCCUCAGCAUGGCUCUGGUUAGCCCUUUGAAAGAGGAUGGGAGUUUUGGGUCCGUCAUGGCUUCUUCACAGGCCAGGCAGGAGAGUGUAGAAACGACGGGACCGAGAGGAAUGAGGGUGGGAGGCAAAUUGUAG